AAAAAUGAUGGGUCCGAAGGCGAUGACACACCCUGGACACGGUGGGUCCGUCGCUGGUAUGGGGAGGGCGGCAUCUCUAGCCCGCCGCUGCCGACAGACACUCCAGCCUGGCGUGGGUUCAAGCGGCUGUUCGCCACUUACCGUGGGCUCACCAACGUUAGGGUGGGCGACGGUGCGGCCACCUCGUUCUGGUUCGACAAUUGGCACGCCGCGGGGCCCCUGUUCUCUUGCCUCCCCGCCCUGUUGACCCACUGCACGGCCCCCGCGCUCACGGUCGCCGACGCCCUCCGUCAAGCUCGCCCCGAUCUCCCACUGCAGGGCCGGCUUACCGUCACGGUGCAAAGGCAGCUGGCUGUCCUAGAGGCGUCCCUCUGGAAUGCUACAUUGGCUGAGGAGCGAGACUCGCGCCUGCUCCCAGGAGGGGCCAAGUUCACCGCGGUGGCUGCGUAUCGCAUCAUUCGCUACUCGGGCGUGGCCAUGCCUUUGAUGGACACCAACUGGGAAAACUUCGCUCCUCUGAAAGUCCGGAUGUUCUUCUGGAUUGCUCGGCAUGGGAACACCAGGACGCGCGCGCUCCUUCAUCGGCAUGGGUGCCUUCCCUCCCCGUGCUGCCCCUUCUGCAAUGAAGACGAAGACCAGCUCCACCUCUUCUCCAGAUGCGCGCGCCUGACACCGUUGUUCUCCGCUGUUGGAGCCCCUGCCGCAGCCAUGGCAGACGACCUGGAGGGUGUCUGCGUUGCGCUCGCCGGCCCGCUCCAUGCUCACGCUCCCCUUGUCCGAAAUUCGCUGGUGCUCCUGCUGCUCUGGAUAAUAUGGAAGAGCAGGAAUCGUAUGGUCUUUGAUAAUGUCCGGAUGCGCACUCGGUGCAUGGUUGCUAUGCUGGUGGAUCACUGCGAGCUCUGGAUUCACCGUCUACCUCGUCACGCCUCGCGACAUUCAGUAGAUGUGUGGCUGCUACAGCUGCGGGAGAAUGCCCUGUGAUGAGUGUGUGUUUUUAUUUUCAGUUGGGCUUCUCUUCUCACCCCUUUUGUACCUCCUUCUUAGCCUCCCUGUACCUCCCUGGGGCCUUGCCGCUUUCACGUUGAAAUAAAAAGUGAGAAAGGACUUCAGGUGGGGUUUUUUUGCCUCCCACCGUUGAGUUGUCAAAAAAACAAUGAUGUACAAAUGUACAGUACAUGCACCUUUGCAGGGGUAACCAUCCUACCAAUAAGAAGCACCAAGCAGAAGUUCAAAUCUAAACAACUAAACUGGAAUACCGUUACAUAAACUCCAUCCAGUACCAAAUCACAAAUAACACUACUACCGUCCUUGCAGGCAAGUUUUGGUUGAUUUUGCCUGAGGGCAUACCCAGACCGACAAACAGCUUAUUCUACCCUGCUCCCUCAGUUGUUCUUUACAGCCCACUUGCUGUAUACCUGCCCAAUAUUGUAAGAGCACAGCAACUUUAGAUCUAUGGUAUAUUACACCGGAGCAUGUCCUAAAAACUAAUCAGCAGUACAUAUAGAUAUACUCUUUUCUACUGCUCCUGUGUUACUCUCACGUAGGUAAUGUAUGGGGUCAUUGGGAUAUAAUUGGGACUUAUAACCCACCACUAGUUCAUCCGGAGAGUUCUAGUUCAUUUUUUUCUUUCUCAAAAUGUAAACUAAAAACCCUCAAACGAACUUGGGAUAUAAGUGGGAUCCCAUUUAAGACCCUAGUUAUGUAGUCACUACCCAGAUUGAUAAGCCUCACAUAACUCUGGCAGCUUCAUCCCUUAUGUAUUUGACUAAUGUUGCAUAGGUUUAGCAAUUACUCAGAAAUCAAAACUGGAUGCGAUAGAAUAUAUCAUGGUGGCCAGUUAAGCCGAUCUGUUCAGGCAAAGCUUCUUCAUCUAGUAUGCCAUAAUGAGGAAACCAAUUGAUGUUCAGGGUCCUUGAGGACUGAGAAUCACAUUGCUUAUGAGAGCUGAGGAGAAUAGAAUGACCUUGUUGUUCAAACACAUCAUCAUUUUUUUAUACUAAGGCAAUCUUUGGUAUCACGGUGUAUUAUAUUUAUCCCAUUUUCCUAACUCUAACCGGAUUCUUCCUAUUAGGAUAUUCUAUCAUUUGACUAACCUAUUUAUUCAUAAUUCCAUGACCAUUCUUCGCUCCAGGUCAUAAAGUAAGUCGAGCAACCCCAGACUGAGUCUCAAAAGGAAGGACUACAAGAAUGAACUUGAAAAGAGACAAUAAGCACCAGACAUGUUUGAAGGAAUCUGCUAGGGUAAGAACUCACGAGUCACAAAUGUGGUUCAUGAAAUGUGGUUGAUCAUAUUGUUCCAGGCUUGCUUUCUGAUUUUCUGGAAGCGUGUUGAAGAUGCAACAGUAUUAUGACUGCAGAAUUCAGCAGGUUAGUUUCUAUCCCGUUCACAAAUCAACCGGUUAAAUCCCAGUUCUGCUCACAUCCCUUGAUGCAAGCUCUUGGUACAUGGUGCCAUUAUUGGAGCUCGGGUUUGCAUGGUAAAAUCUUGAAGUUGUAACUUUAGCAGGCAAAUGAUGUUAGGUCGAUAGGAGCGUACUGUCAAGUUCCUUUAUAUCUGAAAGGGACAUGUGAGCAAACGGAAGUACUUGUGUAGGCAGUAGCCUGUACCCCAUGCAGCAUCACCUCUACACAUUACUACUACACAGUAACUUGUGCCACUAUAUGGCAAAUCCAACACUAACUCACACAAAAGCCAUGUUUACCUUGCCCUCUCUGCCUGUCCUCUACCCAUCAACCACUGUUUGCUGAUAAUGGAGAAGAUGGUAGGGGUGUUGGUGUCGGUAGGGCGACAUCCAUUUCUGUUGCAUGCUAGUUCAGUCACUUGGCAGACUCCAGAGCUUGCACCUGCCUUCCUGAUUGUUUGUCUUCCUUAUUGGCAGCAUCCAUUUCUGAGAACAAAGGUAUGCCUAACUGUUGCUUGUUUGCUGUUUUUUUUCUCAACUUUGAACUACGUACAUGUAGUUUUCAGUGUGUAGGAGUUUCAGGAGAAGAUAAACACAGGAUACAUGAAUCAAGAUAAGAUGCACAGUGACAGCUGAUCAGGAUGGGAUUACAGGAGGAAGCUCAGGAUCCACUUUGAACCAGGGUUAAUUUCCCAGUAGUAUUACUGGUGGCCAUCUUUUGGAACUAGAAGCAGCAACUAAAACCACAGUUAGAAGUUCUGAUGACAUAUGAACGCUACAGGGUGAAGUAUUUACCUGUAAAUUUUGGUUGAUAUUUUUUUUUGGACUGGCCAUCAAUAGCUGUGUUUUCAACCUGUGUUUUUAACCAAAAUUUAUAGGCACAAAGUUGAUCCUACAGCAUACAAACUUCUGAAACUUGUCUUUCCAGGUGUGGAUUUUGGAUUUGGGUAUCUCGGUGCCCAGGCUCAGAUUAUUAUUUGGUAGUAUUUCGAGCAAUCCCCAACUAUUUUGUUGUUUUACUUUCUUAUAUUGUUAAUAAUAUAAGUUAACUGGUUUAUGCGGAAUCCCUGGCUGUCUGGCUAUGGAGCACAGUAUAAAUUUCAUGAGCAGUCCUCGGAAUAAGCUCAUUGUUUA